AUGCCUAAGUUAGCUGUAAUUGGGCUUCCUCCUUGGAUUUGGGCUCCUGAAUGGAGGAGGCUUUUGACUUGCCAACUGGUCUUUGACUUGGGUUGUCCAGCUAUAACUGGGCUGGAGGCAAGCUGGCCUGCUGCUGGAGCAGGCGAUCACGUGUGGAGCACGGACAUGUUGGAAGUCAGCGGCAGACGGGUAGGGGAGGUUGGCGACGGUCCGCUCAUUCCUCUCACCUACUGUGAUGAAAAUGACAUCCACAAGAAGCUCAAUCUCGGCUCGAACACGAUCAAUGUUCAUCAAGCUUUAAACAUCCUUGCCAGGUUCUGUGGAUUGCGCUGGUUGCUGAGUGAACAUCAGAAGGAGGCUGAUGGUCUGCCCCCAGCCGAAGAUGUUGAAAGAUGGGAGCUGCAUGGCUCGGACCUAGAUGAUCUGCCAGUUGAGCGGGAGAAGUCCUCGACCAAGCUUCCUCAUUCUUCCACGAGCAAGUCUUCCGUAAGGGGGUCUCGUUUGCUGGGAAUGUCCCCAUGGGAGUUGCUUCUUCAUCUGCCAGGAUCAAGCGCCUUGUCAGCACGAACAGUAAGAAGAUCAAUGGCAUGCAGGAGGUCUGGGACAUUCUGCUCAGAAAUCACGACUCGUCUGCAAAGCCACGAACAGUCAAGCACGGAGCUGACUCAAUGUUGCGAGUUUCGGCCAAGAGAGCUAAAGAGUCGUCUGCUCGAGCAAAGAGUCCUUAAGUUGCGCAAACUGCCGAUCCAGAAGUUGGUGAUAGCUCCGCUGGUCAAGUUCGACACUCAUGUUGAAGCCACGGAGGCAUCCAAGCAUGAGAUCGUUGCUAAUGCGUACAAGCUGGGAUACUUGGAUUGCAGGAAUAGUGCUUCUCCUUGUUGCCCUCUCGAACAUGAAGACGAAGCAGUUGAAAAGCAAAUAGCAGAUGAAGCUGCAAUGGAGGAAGACAACUCCCAAGGUGGCGUAGCUGAUAAGGCUAGGCCAGAUGCGAAGGAGCAGGCAGGUGAGGCCGUUGAGUAG